AUGCUGCGAGCUGUUGCGCGCAACCCUCGCAUACUCAGGUCCGCUGCCGCCACCACCACCACCUUCGCCAAGAGAUCUGCCGCCGCCGUCAUGCCCUCGGAUGUCGCCAGCGCGUCGCCGUUUUUCGGCGCCGUCGGUACCUUUUCCACCAUGCCCAUGCCGCCGUCCUUUUCCGCCGGCACGGACAAGAACGCCGCCACCGAGGCGCUCCGGCCGCUCAUCACCCCCAACGCGGGCGGCAAGUGGACGCUCACAGCCGACGGCUACGGUAUAGAGCGCAGCUUCAAAUUUGCCACCUUUAACAAAACUUGGGAGUUUAUGAAUGCCAUCGCCGCAGAGGCCAAGAAGAACAAGCAUCACCCGGAGUGGUCCAAUGUGUACAAUACUACAUUCAUCCGCUGGACGACGCACAACCCCAAGGGUCUGUCGAUCAAGGACUUAGACAUGGCCAUCACCUGCGACUUCCUGGCAAAGCACUUUGGCGAGGUCGAGAGUGACAAGACGAGCUGCGAGCUUGGCGCUCUGGCUGACACGGCUGCUGCUUCGGCUGGAGACUGCUGCACACCGAAGAAGUAA